GAACAAUUUUUCAUCUCGUCGCCGGUCAAUCAUUUUUUUUUGCUCAAGAUUUUUUUUUAUUUUCUGAACCGAAAAAUGAAAAAUUUUGAAAAAAUAUUUUUUUUUGCUUUUAUUAUUUGUGGGUCAACAUGGGCCACUGAAAUGGAAACUUAUUGUGCUGGUGUUGAAAUUUUGGAAACUGGAGGAAUUUCCUGUGACUUAAAAGAGGACAUCCUACGCAUGCAUAACGACCUGAGAAAUUCAAUCGCCAGUGGAUCUGUUGCUGGACAGCCUCCGGCCUCAAAUAUGCGAGAACUGUACUGGGACGACGAAUUAGCCGAAGGUGCCCAAGACUGGGCCAACCACUGCACGUUCGCUCACAACAAAGAAGAAGAUCGUCGCGUCGAGAGAUUCCGAAGGGUCGGACAAAACAUCGGCAUAACCCGCAGCAGAUCUCUGCACCCAUCAGACAAAAAAGACUUUGCCCGCCAAAUUCAAAAAUGGUUCGACGAAAAUAUUUACUUCCAUUUCAAUCCAAUUAAUCCGACCGAUGUCCAGAAUUCGGGACAUUACACUCAGCUCGCGUGGGCGAACACUUACCUUGUGGGUUGCGGGUUCACUAGAUAUCGCGACCAAAACGUCACUUACCGACUCUAUGUGUGUCACUAUGGGUCUGCUGGAAAUACUUUCGCCAACCUUCCGUAUAAUAAAGGAAAUUUGAACUGCCCAGAAGGUUUUAGUCCGUCGGUAAAUUACCCAGCGCUGUGUAGUAAAAACGACCACGAAGAUUUAAUUUGCGAAGACUCCGAUGAUAAGUCAAUCAAUUCGGCGAUUUCAAGCUAUCCGCCAUCGAUGGAAACACGGAAAUCUUUGGCAGCAGAUUUAGGUUUUUACGAAAAAGAUGAAAAAGAUGAUAGCACUCUGGAAGAUCGCCGACAAUCAAAUGCAAUCGUAGCAGCACCUGAGGAUCGCGGUUCGCGUGACGGAGUUUAUGUUAAAGAUCUCAGAGUUGAUACCAUGUACAAUAUCUUCUACUACUGGAGAUCGCGUGACUGAUUAUUAAUCAUGAUAAUAAUAAUAAUUAUAAAAUAGUCUCGGUUAUGAUGUUUUCAAGUUAAAUUGAUGUAGCGUUAAAUAUGUAUUGCAUGGUAGUCUAGAGUUGUUAAAUAAAUCGUGCAUAAAGUAC